GCGGUGACGGUCGAGGACCGUUGGCGCGCCACCAAGACUUGCAUUGAGCUCGCAGCCCGUCGGGUUCGAGACGAGCUUCGUGCCAACUUCUCCCUGAAGGUCAAGGACGGCAGCGCCGAGACCGCGUGCGUGGGCUUCAAGUCUGCGGCGCGGGCCCUCUGGCGCCAGGAUGCGCCUCUGGCGGCCCGCCUGCUGGCUUCGUGUCCCGCUCUCUCCGCCCACCUGGUGAUUGACCAAGGGUCGGUGUGCGUGGUGGGCACCAGAGCCUUCGGCGAGGCCUUUGACGCGGUCGCGGCGAAGGUUCGCGCCCCGCGCAGGCAGGCGGCCGAGGCUGCUGCGCGGAGGUCCAACGGCCGCGAGAGUCCUGCCUGGCGUCGGGUGGAGCGCAGGGUGGUCAGCGACUCCGCGGGCAUGACGGGCGUUGUUGCUGAGUACUGGGGCAGGAUCUUCGAGCGCGCGCCGACCGAGGGGCAGAAGUUGCGGCUCAACCAGUUCCUUGAUCGCUUUGCCCCGCAGCACCCUGUGGUGGAGCUACCCCAGCCGUCGCUGCGCGCGCUGGAGCGUGCUGCUGCGCGGGCACCGCCCAGCGCCCCUGGGCCUGACCAGUUGCCCUAUGCUGCGUGGCGGCGCAGUCCUGACGCACUGCGGCAUCUCUAUGCUUUGAUGGAACAGCUUUUCAACGAGGGUGUUGGACCGUGCGACCUCAACUGGUCGGUCUUCUUCUGCGUGCCGAAGGGUACUGAGGACGAGGACACCCCCGACUCGUGUACUCGAACGGCCUCAACCGUCCGCACACUCUCCCGCAAUAAUGCGGAUGCCAAGCUCAUUGCCUCCUGCGCGGAUCGCGCUCUCCGGUCCGUCGCCUCCGUUGCGACCGAAGGGGUGCAGAAGGGCUUCGCUGCUGGGCGAAGGUUCGUGGACCACAUCCCGUUUCUGGACGCGGAGUGCCGCCGCGAGGGUCUCCUCCCUGGAACUGCUCAGCGUCGUUUGAUGCUGUUCUCCUACGACUUCCGCCAGGCUUUCCCGUCCCUUUUCCGCGACGUGAUCGACGUGGUGCUGCCGAGGUGCGGCGUCCCGCUUGGCUUCCGCAAUGUGGUCUCGGCGCUGUGCUGCAACUGCCUUGCCUUCAGCUCCUUCCGUGCCUCGGGAUCCAGCGCGGCGAUGGAGCCGCUGUUUGCCUUGAGGCGCGGCAUCACGCAGGGGCGCCCCCUCUCUGGCACGGUCUGGUGCGUGGGCGUGGAUGCCCCGAUCCGUGCGCUGAUCAAGGCGCUGGGAGACCCUCCUGAAGGCUGCCUCACAGCGUGCGCGGACGACUUGGGCAUGCUCAUCCGCAGCGCCAGGGCCCUCCCGUCCAUCGCCUCGGCCUUCGAUGACAUCGAGUUCGCCUUCAACCUACAGCUGGCGAUCCACAAAUGUGUGCUGGUCCCACUCUGGGCCGAGGUCUGUCCCAGCCUGAUCAAUGAGACCAAGGAGUACCUGGCCGAGUUGGGCAUCUGGAAGGAAGCGGCGGCGAAGUGGUGGUCUCGUGCUGCGGAGCUGAGUCGCACGGGCAUGGCGACCAGCCUUGCCGCCCGCGCUUACAACGUGAAUGUGCUCCCUUGCCUCUCCUACCUGUCCCAGUUCUUCUUCCCCAUCCCCGAGAUCUGGCGGGCCGAGUUCACGAUGCUCCACCGCCUCUCGUCCAUGCGCAACGCGGACAUUCUCGCCGUGGGCGCGUGGUGCGGCUCUCCAGCGCCGGUGGGCGUGUUCCCGUACUCUGUCGCCUCGCUCCUCCGUGCGGCGGCUCACGCUGUGCGCGGCUGGGUCCUUGUGCUGUGUGCCUUGCGCGAGACGGCUGUGGAGCACCUCCCGCUUGUUCGUGUACUUCGGGGCGCGUGGUCGCCGCCCUGGUGGGCCACCAAGCGCGCCAUCGCCCAGAACUACGGCCUCGUGAUGAACCAGUUCUUCGCCCUCCCGCGCCCGCGCCCUGAGCUCGACAAGAUGCCCGUCCCUGUUUCGCCAUCCCUCGUCGAGGCGGCCCGCCGGUCGAUGUUCGCCGAGGAGCUGGCGGCCGCCGCUGCUGUCCCGCCCAGGAAGGUCAAGCGCCAGGCUGCGGCGAUGCUCACCUUGAGGGAUGGCCUCUACGACGACCGCCUCGACCUGCUCAUCGGCCGCCGCUUGCGGCGCUGGGGCAUCGAGGUCCCUACCGAGGAGCUGCGCGGACGCUGGCUGGAGCUCCGCGCUGAACUGCGUGCCGCCCGCCCGUCAUGGCUAUGGUCGUGGCUCCGCCCGGCGGUCAACCGUUGGAUCACCUCGGGCAGGAUGCGCGUCAUCGCCCCGCGGUCGUGCAUCUUCGGCCGCAACGCCAAGGACGACCUGGCGCACUACAUGAAUUGUGAGAAGCUCCGCAGCACG